GGAGCUUCUCGGGGAGCCAGGGCGGCGGCGAGCGACUUCCGGCAAUAUUGCUUAUGCGACGCGGUCUGUGUGCACCCAGGUCGUCGUGCGUCCGGUGGGGACCACAGGAGAACCAUGCCAUUUCUGGGUCAGGACUGGAGAUCUCCUGGGUGGAGUUGGAUUAAAACUGAAGAUGGCUGGAAAAGAUGUGAUUCCUGUAGUCAGGAGCUUGAAAGAGAGAACAGCCAGUGUACUGUCACUCAUGACCUUAUCUUGAGUAGUGAAGAUGAAGAAAUAUUCAAUAAUGAAGAGUGCGAGUAUGCAUCCAAAAAAAGGAAAAAAGACCAUUUCAGAAAUGACACAAAUGCCCAAAGUUUUUAUCGUGAAAAGUGGAUCUAUGUCCAUAAAGAAAGCACAAAAGAGAGGCAUGGUUAUUGUACCUUGGGAGAAGCCUUUAAUCGGCUAGACUUUUCAAGUGCAAUUCAGGAUAUCCGAAGGUUCACUUAUGUGGUCAAACUGUUGCAGCUAAUUGCAAAAUCCCAGUUAACUUCAUUGAGUGGUGUGGCACAGAAGAAUUACUUCAACAUUUUGGAUAAAAUCGUUCAAAAGGUUCUUGAUGACCACCAGAACCCUCGCCUGAUCAAAGAUCUGCUGCAAGACCUGAGCUCUACCCUGUGUGUGCUCAUCAGAGGGGUGGGGAAGUCAGUGCUGGUGGGGAACAUCAAUAUUUGGAUUUGCCGCUUAGAGACUGUUCUCGGUUGGCAGCAACAGCUACAGAAUCUUCAGAUGACUAAGCACGUGAACAGUGGCCUCACCCUCAGCGACCUGCCCUUGCACAUGCUGAACAACAUCCUGUACCGCUUCUCAGAUGGGUGGGACAUCGUCACUCUGGGCCAGGUAACGCCCACCUUGUAUGUGCUCAGUGAGGAUAGACAGCUGUGGAAGAAGCUGUGUCAGUACCACUUUGCUGAGCAGCAGUUUUGUAGACAUUUGAUCCUUUCAGAAAAAGGUCAUAUUGAAUGGAAGUUGAUGUAUUUUACACUUCAGAAAUAUUAUCCAACUAAAGAACAAUAUGGAGACACCUUACAGUUUUGUCGGCACUGCAGUAUUCUUUUUUGGAAGGACUACCACCUUGCGUGGCUAUUCAAGGACUCGGGACACCCCUGCACCGCAGCUGACCCAGACAGCUGCUUCACACCUGUGUCUCCACAGCACUUCAUUGAUCUCUUCAAGUUCUGAAGACAGUCCUCACCAUGCUGUCCCUGUUGGAGGCUGCGCAUUGUGCUUUCUUUGUGGUAUCUGGUAGUAGAUGUUUCCUGUGACCAAAAGCCAUGGCGGAGUCCCGGAGUCCCUGAGUCCCUCACAUCCGGAAGGAACAUGAGAAACUGCCCCUCGGCCACCACGUAGAGGAAGGCAUUAUUGAACAUUUCCAUCUCUAAAGGAGUCAGGAGAUCCAAGCAAAUCAUUUCUAUUUCUUUAAAACUUCUAAGCACAUUAAAAUUUGCAGUUUUGUAUAUUUACAAAUAUAGAUCAAAAAAGAUUUUGGAGCCUACAUUCUGUGUUGGAUUGACACAACCAACCAAGAAUAUGCUUCAUAGUUGUCAGAUUACAGUUUUCCAUCUUACAGUAACUGGGGCACAAGAUAAAACAACUGAUCCUUGUAAAUACAUUGUGCAGAAUAUUUAUUUUUCUUAAAAUGUAAUUUCACAACUUCAGUGACUGUGCCCAUGUGAGUCCUCCUUAAGUCCAAGGUGAACCUAGGUUAACACUGGGCAUUUUUGUCUUGGUGUUAACCCCCUGGGUUGUGAACUGUGCCAACUGUCCAUAGUAAACAGUAGUUGGUUCUGUGAUCCUGGGUACCCCUGCAGCCAGGAGCAAACUCUGGAUAGAGCCUCUGCUGUGGAGGGGUAGGACAGCCCAGCGAGGUCUGCACUGGACUUGGGUAGAGGGUGCUUCCAGAGACAAGAAACAAACCAUGUCUAGUUGUUGAUUCCACUUUGUCUGUUUUGCAUCUUACUGAGAAAAGUGCUGUUAGUGAUUUUUGAUAUCAUUUAAGCCUUCAAAAGAUUGUCAUAUUUUUUAAAUAAUGCAUGUCCAUUUUAGAAAGUCUUAAAAAUAAAAUAUAAAAAAAAAUUAAAAUCACCUAUAAUUCUACCAUACAAACAUAGGUUGCCCUUGCUAAAAAUACAAGAAAUUACCCCUCAGCAUUUGUAGUGUAAAUAUGUUUCAUGGUAUACUUCAUCUUUGAAUGAGUUGGGUUUCCUAACAAAUUGUUUAAAACUUUUAUUCUAAACAUAUUAAAAUUUCUAAACCUACCAGUUUGUAAA